GACGUGACUGAUUGUUGGACGCGCAACUAAGUAAUUGGCUGGCCGCGUAUAGCGUAUUGGAUUUCGGAUAGGAUGGGGUGAUAGCCCAACUCACCCUCCGCGAUGCAGUGAUAGGCACUCGUAAGCACAACCCCGCUUUUCCUCGUCCAAAACGCUUUAAAGUCCCCGCACGAAGCUGCAUCUCGCUCAAUGCGAUAUCCCAUCUUCGUACUACUCGUCGCACUGACGUCUGCGGCUACAGGCGCGGUUGCGCGUCCUGUCCCGGCACCGAUGGCGGACGAGGAGGAGAUCUCGUGCGAGCGCAAGCGCCGGGACGUCUCCGUGGACAGCGUGAACCAAGGAUGGACGGUUGAUGGGGACAACAACGGUUGGAGCGUUGACGGGGACAACUACGGCUGGACAAUCAACGGCGGAGGAGUCGUCGUGUCUGGCGGCGGAGACGGAGGCGGAGGUGGCGGCGACGGCGGAGGGUUUGGAGGCGGCGACGGCGGAGGUGAUGGCGGGGGUGAUGGGGGAGGUGGCGGCGGAGGUGGCGGCUGCUAGUAACAUGGCUCGGGCCUCAUUCCCCUGGAAAUUUCUCGCGAGUGGUGAACUUCCUUUCACGUCUCUGAGGCUAUCACCCAGAAUCUUGCUGUAACGCAUCCGCAGAGAGAUAUGAAUCAUCCGAGAUUGACUGAUUCGCCAAGCUGUCGCCGACCGCACUAAAUUUCUUGAGUACGAGGGUACCGCUGUUCUAUGCGUACUUAAUCCGCGUCCUGGUCCACUCUCUCCAGGUACUGCGCUCAAUUUCCUGAACACCCCCGUCUCAAAUGCAGUUCACACGUCUCCUCGCUCUGGCAGCCCCAGUCGCACUCGGACUCGCUGCCGCAGUGCCGCGCCAGAACACGGAGAACAUAAGCCUCCACGAAGAGAGAACCGAUCGAAGCCCGGCUACUUGCUGUCGAUGGAUACAACAGCGGAUGGUCUAUCGAGGGGAACAACGACGGCUGGGUCGUGGAAGGGAACAACAACGGCUGGUCUAUCGGCCGCAAAUAGAUACUGAGGGAAUACAUCAUUGAAACUUUCCGAAUGACUGGUAUAAUCAAUGCAUGAGAUCACAAUGUCAAACGGGGAGAGAUUCUCCGUUCGCACAAUACGACUCGAUGCCUUGCUGGCAUCAUGGACUGCAUCGAACGUGUGGAGCCGAUCAGAAUGCCAAAAUCUUCGUCAUCUCAUUCAUCGCAGACUGAGGCACGAGAAAAUAAAUCAGUCCGUGUUGAAGCGAACAACGAACACCGGCUGGUUGUCCUUCGAGCCACCCGCCAACAGCCCCUAUCUGCCUUUGAACGCACAGCCACCUGUCGUGAAUUCGAUCAGAAGGAUUACUCAAUUUGGCCACGAGGCGUCGAGUUUGGGAAUAUGCCAACUUAGCACAGGAUAAGCAAUAGACUUGCCGCUAUUCGCGCGCCGCGGACAUGCUUUCACGCCCCGGUUUUCGCCAGCGUUACACUGCAGCAUAUCCGGCCCUGACUAAUAUCUUGUUUCUCCCUCCUGCGUCGUCUAGCCGGCCGCCAUCAUCUCUAUACCCGGGUUGUUCGUGGAGACGACGUCAUCUGCGCGUAACCUAGGGGACUGGGGAGAUUUCACAGCAGAGCCCAUCGAUACAUAACCGGACGAGGGAACAUUUUUGCUCGUUGUCUUCCCCUCCUACAGCCAUGGCCAUGACCCAGCGCCCACCGCGCAACUGCGACUACGAGCCGCUCCGCGCGUCCGUUUUGGACGUAUUCGAGCAGCUGGGCGCUUUCGACGACGACAGCGGCAUCGUGGAGUGGAUCUUUCCAGAGGUGCGGGAUGAGAAGGCGUCGCGGCCGAGGAGGCGGGUCAAGCUGACCGAGGUGUUCGACGACGACGACAACGACGAGAUGGCGUCGGCUGCGGCGAGCGACCCACCCCGGCAAUCCCGCACGUCGCGUUUCCUGAAAGGAAUCCGGUCGCGGUCGAAGUCGGGCACCAGGAAGGAUGUGAAGGAGAAAGAUAAAGAUAAGGGGAAACCAUCAGCACCGAAGCACAAAUCCGCGAAGAAGUCGAAAUCUUCGCCGAACCUACGCGAAGAAGGGUCCUCCGUGCCGCUUCCAGAGCCCAUCAAGCUGAGUGCGAGCACGGCUUCGGGCGAGCGCAGGGCGCGGAAGAUCUCUUUGUUCUCGCGCAAGGAGCCCUCGCAGACUGCGGAGCUUCCCUCGCGGCCAUCCAUCUCCGACGAAGAGUGGCAGCAGAUCACGAUGACGGGAUCUGUCGCGGACUAUGACGACAACCCGUUCCUGGGCCACGACGGCAGCGGGAGUCCCCUCCCGCCGCUGCAGGCGAAACGCGACGGAGGACUGCACGGACGCAUCUCGAGGAUCGCGAGCACGUUCCGGUCGUCCACCCUGGGCCCCGCCAACACCACCCUAGACACGUCCGUCUCGGCCGGCGCGACGCCGCGCUCGAGCCCCCGCCCGAGCGUCACGCUGUCCGCGUCCCCGCGCCCAAGCGCCGACUCGGCGAAGCGCAGUCUGCGGCGCACCAGCGGCACCGUCGUGUCCGAGGCGGGCUCCGCCCUGGGCGUGCGCGUGGUCCAGUCCCCGCUGCGCAGUCGGCCUCGGGGGGACACUGCUGAUGAUGACGACGAAGACGCCGGGUCGAUGACGCAUUCGAACGCGUCGACGAGCACGCUGCAAGCUGUGCCGGCGCCCUCGUCUGGCUCGGAGGAGGGAGAGCCGGCUGGCAUGCCGCCCCCGCUAGACAAGGAGGAGGACUUUGCGCUGGAGACGACGUCCCAGAUCGACCAUGUGCGCACCCACCUUUCUGAUAUCACCGAGGGAGAUGGUUCGGAGGCUUCGCAGAGCCAGAGGAACUCGCGCGUCUCGACGGAGGAGACGGUCACUGCCGUGGAUGAUGAUGAUAGGAUCAAGUUAGAGCAUCGAUGAUCGUAGGGGUGCUUGUGAUUUUCUUUUGGACUUUCGGAUUCUGGUUUUCGGCUCACGUAGUUGCGUCCCUGUAUGUAUGCUCCGCUUAUUUGUAGUCCUUACAGCCCUGUUUAAUAACAAUAGAGCCUCGUCGUCCCUACCAUGCAAUAGUAUCAGAGACACUUACAU